AUGUUUUUGGUAGUGAUCUAUGGACUCGUAUUGGCCUUGCCCCUUCUAUAUCUUGUACAACAACGCACCUUAUCGUCAUCGCACCAGUCUCCACCAGUAGACUCAAAACCAGAAGAGAAGAAGUCUCUUAAGACCAUCAUGCAACCACCUAGGGACGACCUCGACCCCCCGAAGGAUGACCCCUUCACCCUCGAUCAACUCAAGGAGUUCGACUGGCUCCGACAAUUCGAAGCCGAUCUAUGCACUGUCUUUGAUGUUACACGUAAAAGCGACGUGUACGGUCCCGGAAAAUCAUACAACAUCUUCGCCGGGAGGGACGGCUCAAAGGGGCUUGGAAUGUCCAGUUUGAAUCCAGAGGACGCUGUACCAGACUACAGCGACUUACCAGAGAACGAGAAGAACGUUCUCAAUGACUGGUUUUUAUUUUUCCAGAAACGAUACAACAUUGUCGGACGCGUUACAGAUAUGCCUACUUCAGUUUCUAAUCUCGCUAAUCUAUAG